AUGACAUCCACCCUUGAUCCCAAGAGCGGUUAUUUAGGAAAGCUCACAGCGCCCGAGGAGGAAAAGCUUCGCGAGUUCUGGAGAAUCUUGAUCCAGUCCUGGGACGCGACCCUACCAGCCCCUAAAGGCGCCGCCGAGAAAGCAAAGUCCAACAGCAAAGCGAAAGGACAUCGAAGACUCUUUUCCCUCGCCCGGUCGCCAGCCCAGCCGUCGGAAGAAGAAACAUCCGCCAUUCCCAUCAAUCUGCUUACCAGCCUGAAGGCAUUAGAUGCGGGCCCAGCCGAGAUCAAAACCGUCCAAUCGCUGCUUCUGAAGUUUCCCGGCCGCAGGCUUCGAUUUGCAUUUUUAGCCUCUCUCAAACAGGAUCACCCCGACGCCCUCCUUCUGCGAUUCCUCCGAGCCGAGAAGUGGAACGUACCCAAGGCCUGGAUCAAAUUCGUCGCGGCUCUCAACUGGCGCGUCAAUGAAUACCAGGUGGACAAAGAGGUGUUGCUGAAAGGCGAGGGGUAUGCAGCGGAGAAAUCCCAAAGCUCUGCAACCCCGACGGAGAAGGAAUAUAGAGAUGAUUUCACACUUCAGCUCACCAGUGGGAAACAUUUCUUCCAUGGGUGUGAUCGAUGGAAUCGACCUAUCUGUAUAGUCCGAGUGCGACUCCACGAACCAGGCGCUCAAUCUCAAAAGGCACUCAACGACUACGUGGUGCAUUGUAUUGAGACUGUGCGUCUUCUCCAGGUCGCGCCUGUAGACAGUCUUGUGAUUGUAUUUGAUAUGACUUCCUAUACCGUCAGCAAUUGGGAAUUCCCCCCAAUCAAGUUUAUCAUCGACUGUUUCCAGAAGAAUUACCCGGAGUCUCUUGGAGCGAUGAUCUAUUACAACGCCCCGUGGAUCUUCGCGGGUAUGUGGAAGAUCAUCCAAGGGAUCCUCGAUCCGGUAGUUGCCGCCAAGGUCCACUUCAUGACCGGCGCCACUGCCCUUGAGGAGAUCAUCCCCCGGGAGCGCAUCCUGAAAGAGCUCGGUGGCGAAGAGGACUGGGACUAUGAGUACAUCGGCCCCAGUCCCGAUGAGAAUGAGAAAUUGAAAGACACCGCCGCUCGAGACGUCAUUCUCGCCGAGCGAGAAAAGCUUGGCGAUGAGCUGUUCAGCCUGACUGUCGAGUGGAUGGCGGGUUCGGAGCCGAACUCUUUGCACACCAGAAACGAGGUCAUUGAGGAUCUCCGGAGAAAUUACUGGGAUCUUGAUCCUUACGUGCGGGCCCGUACUAUUCUCGACCGGACUGGGGUCAUCAAGGGAGAUGGGGCAGUGGACUUCUACCCCGCCACUAGGCCCGAGAGUGCUAGGAGUUCCAAGAGUUCUGCAAGUUUCCAAAGUGUCAAAAGUUCCAAGAGCUCCAAGAUCUCGGGUGGGGUCAAUGAAAAGCAAAUGGUGGAGGUGGAUGCUAUCAGUGAAACACACGUUCCGCCAGUGGCUGCAUAA